AGAGGGUGGGGGAGUUUGGAUAUGGCAGCCAGGCAGUCCGCUGUUUGCCUUGCUGAGGCACGGGCCGUUCCUCCUCGGCCGAGCCCUGAACGUAUUAUUUGGAAUAAGACGACUACAACGACUACGACUACGACGACAACGACGACGACGACGACGACGACGACGACCACGACGACGACGACGACGACGACGACGACGACGACGACGACAAAAACGACGACAACGACGACGACGACGACGACAAAGACAAGAACGAAAACGAAGACGAAACGCGAUAUAACCGAUUUAUUUAUUUCGACGACGAAAAUCGACGAACUGUUUUUCGGUAAUAAAAGUCCCUCGAGAAAGGGCACGGUGCACGCGAUAGACGCGUGGAUUUCUGGUUCCGCGUACUGUGUUGGAGCCACGCUCCCCGGGUGCGGCAUGCUAAACAAUAUCACGCCCGGCGGUUCCGUACACGGUAUUCCCGGAACGAAGGACCUUCAUACUCAAGAUUUAAAACGUCACGAGAAGUUGGACGGGGUAUUAAGAGUAAACUUGGGCAGCGGACUGUCUGCUGGUGGUGGACUGCUACAUCAGGAAUUAAUCAUGACUAUGCCUGGCGCAGGAAGCGCAACGGCGAUUGGACAAGGAGACGAAAAACCAGUUAAGCAAAAACGCCAUCGGACGCGUUUUACACCGGGACAAAUUAAUGAACUCGAAAAGUGUUUUUCGACGACGCAUUAUCCGGACAUCUUCCGUCGCGAAGAGAUCGCUGGUAAAAUCGGCCUUACCGAGAGUCGCGUCCAGGUAUGGUUUCAAAAUCGUCGGGCAAAAUGGAAGAAACGUAAGAAGACGACUAACAUGUUCGGUGGUACCGGUACGUUGCUACCGUCGCACGGUUUGCCACCAUUCGGGCCAAUUGGUCCAGAUCUAUGCGGAGCUGGGAUGUUUCAAGCACCAGCAGAGAGAUGGGGAGUGAGUACAGGUCUCGGCCAACUGGGACAAAGCGGUAUGGGCAUGGGUGGUUUCGGGCAAUUAGGUCAACAAAGCCCCAGUACUCUCGGCAACUUGGGCCUCGGCAAUUCUGGUCUGUCGAUCAGUAGUCCUUCGCAGACCGUCUAUCAAACGAGUUACGGAUUAAAUUCUCUCGGAGGCGUGCACGUGUCGGCGUCGCGAGGUUCACCACCAGGAGGAUCGUCGGUUGGCGGAGGUCAAGGAGGUGGUUUGAGCUCGGCGUUAAAUUGCGCGCAGGGUUCGCCAGGUUCGAGUUCAGGUGGCGGAGGAGCCGCAGCGGCAGCGGCGGCGGCUGCGGCGGCGGCAGCGGCGGCAGGAGGAGGCGGAGGUGGGGUAUCCUGCGUCGGUGGCGAAGUUAAUGCGGACGAAGCGUCGGGAUGGAGAGGUGCUCAUAGUAUCGUUGCGCUGAGGCGUCGUGCUACGGACACCACGCAGCAAUAUAGUCCGCAACCGCAUCCACCGCCAUCGGGUCCUUUACAGUACGCCCAUGGUAUGGAAUAUAGCUCUGCGUACUGAAAUCAACAAGCGUUCGAAGUUUCCCGCUCCGCAGCGGCCAUUUUGGUUAAGAGAAGGACGGCUAACGUGACGUUCGCGCGAACAACCAAAGUGACGUUUGCGAUUCUUCGACGAAUGCGGUAAUCUCCAUGAAUGUAAUUAAUUAAUUAAUUAAUUAAUUAAUUAAUUAAUUAAUUAGUUUGUUGAUUGAUCGAUCGAUCGAUAGAUCGAUCG